UAUAAAAAUACUUUUAUUAUUUAUUUACAUUUAACGAAUUAACAAACAGAACAGACAUUUAAAUUCUUCCGUUUCCCCAGGAAACACCACAAUCUGCUGGAGUCUCGUCCUCCAGCGUCGAAGAAGAAAGUUCACGGUAACCAGGCAACCGACAGACGCGACAGGACGUGACCGCAAACAACACGAAAUUAUUUUACUAUCUUAAAAAAACCACGCAAGAAAAAAACAGCUGAAAUUAAAGUAACUGUCAGAAACAUGUUUGACCAGACACCAUGUCCUGUGCUGCUGAAGACCCCCCCGAGCCCAAGUCCAUGAGCAGAGCCAGAGAGUGGACAGCAGAGGUGGAGAACCUGUUCCGAUUCCAGCUGGCAGGGUACAGAGAUGAAGUGGAGUAUUCACAAGUCAAACAAGGGGCUUCGGUUGACAAAUGGCCGAAGUCCGGCUUCGUGAAGAAGCUCCAGCGACGAGACGACACGUUUUAUUACUACAACAGGAAACGUGAAUGUCAGGACCGAGAAGUCCAUAAAGUCAAAGUCUUCAUAUAUUAAUCCUCUGAGGAUUUAGCGUCUGUAUAUGUAAAGAUGGACGUCAUGGCGGCUCCCAAAAGUGAAGCCAGAACAUCUUGAUCGGAGCAGAGCAGAACAGGUCAUAAACCCUGCCACCUCCAUGUUAGUGGAUGGGACAUGGACCAAACAAAAAAAAAGAAUCAAAGAAAAUGUUGAAUGAACUUUUCUCAAAGAUGGUGUCUGUCCUUUCAUCUCACUGAUCGCACAAUAAACAGGUUUUACAUGAACCAACA